AUGAAUACGAACGAAUCUUUAGUAUUAAAUAAAAUUGAUGAUAUAUCAUUUCAAUUUCUUGAAACUCCCACAAUCACCAAUCCUAAUGAUGUAAUUGUUCAAGUUAAAAAAACUGGUAUUUGUGGUUCUGAUAUACAUUUUUAUGCUCAUGGAGGUUUUGGAUAUUUUAGAUUAAAUAAACCUAUGGUUUUGGGGCAUGAAUCAUCCGGCGUAGUAGUUGAGGUUGGCAAUGAAGUUAAAUCAUUAAAAGUAGGUGACAAAGUAGCCAUUGAGCCAGGUGUUCCUUCCAGAUUUAGUGAUGCUUACAAAAGUGGACAUUAUAAUUUAUGUCCUCAUAUGGUAUUUGCUGCAACUCCAAAUUUAGAUAUUAAUGGUCCAAGUGCUCCAGGAACAUUAUGUAAAUAUUUUAAAAGCCCUGAAGAUUUUUUGGUGAAAUUACCUGAUCAUUUAUCUCUUGAAUUGGGUGCAUUGGUAGAACCACUUUCCGUUGGUGUUCAUGCUUGUAAAAUUGGAUCAGUUAAAUUUGGUGAUAUUGUUGUUGUAUUUGGAGCUGGACCAGUUGGAUUACUAGCCGCAAGUACAGCCAAGAAAUUUGGCGCUACAAAAGUAAUGGUAGUUGAUGUUGUUGAAUCAAAGCUUGAAAUGGCAUUAAGGUUGAACAUGGCAACUCAUGUAUUUAACUCAAAAAAUGGUACACUUGAUGAAAUGAUAAAAGAAUUAGGUCAAAGACCAAAUGUUGUAUUAGAAUGUUCAGGUGCCGAAGUUUGUAUUCAAUCAGGAGUUCAUGUUUUAGCACCAGGAGGAAGAUUCAUUCAAGUUGGGAAUACUACAGGACCCGCAAGUUUUCCAAUUACAGAAUUUGCCACAAAGGAGUUAACACUAUUUGGAUCAUUUAGGUAUGGGUUUGAUGAUUAUAAAACCGGAGUGGCUUUAUUAGACGCCAAUUACAAAGACGGAGAAGAUAAAGCUGGUAUAAAUUAUUUAGGUUUAAUUACCCAUAGAUUCAAAUUUAAGGAUGCAAUCGAGGCUUAUGAUUUAGUUAGAGCUGGUAAAAGUGUUAAAUGUAUUAUUGAUGGUCCUGAGUAA